AUGAGCUACUACCCGUGCGCGCCCGCGGCGAACACGACGUACUACGCGUACAACGCGCAGCCGCCGGCGGAGUACGUCGUCGUGCAGCAGCAGCAGCCGGUCGCGCAGGCGUACGGGUACGCGCAACAACCGCAGCAACCGGUCGCGCAGGCCGCGGCGCCGUCCGAACCGAAGAAGAAAGGGUUCAUGUCGAAGAUGACGGACAAGGCGUCGAAGAUCGUGGACCACGCCAUGGAGGUGGGCGUCACCGGCGCCGCGAGCGCGCUCGGGGGGAAGGCGUCGUACCUCGCUUCCAUGAUGGCCGCGGGAGGGACGACCAAGUACUGGAAAAAACUCUUCGCGCCGCCUCCGGAGGACGUGCUGAGGGACACGUUCGGGUGCCACCUCAUGCAGGGGGAUAACGACCUCGUCCCGGGCGUUUUAUUCGUCUCCGACUUCGCCGUGUGCUUCUCGAGCGACGUCGCGCAGAAGCCGAACCGGAACACGGACCACCCGGGAGGCUACCUGAAGAUCAUCUUUCCGAUCGAUCACACGGAGACGAUGCAGCCGCACUCGGACGCGCAGUCCGGGGACCAGUGGCUCGGGAUCAUCAUGCUGAACAAAGGGCAGUUCUGGUUCAAAGGGUUCAUCGAGUACGACCUCGCGAUGAAGCGUCUGACCGAGGUGACGCAGAGGUACGCGGAGAUCAAGGCGAAGUCGAUGGCGGCGGCGCCGAGCGCGCCGCCGGCGCCGACGAUGGUGACGAUGGCCGGUCCGGUGACGUGCAUCCCGAUGCCCGUGCACACGGCGCAUUAGCGACGCGUCGGAGGACGAGUAGAUGUAAAGUUGUUAGAUGUUGUUAUCAUACCCUCAACAAACACAUGCUACUGU